AGUACCACCAGAAGGUGAAAUGCUGCCAAUAACCGAAGCUAAACUAGAAAAUAAAUCCUCAUCCGAGCAAGAUGCCGAAUUGUCCGACCAAGAGCCAACGACUGAAAACCGCCCACUCGAGCCACUCAGCGAAGAGCCUGUUCUUACAAAGCGCGAUCCCGAGAGCGCGCAGCCUCGAUAUUCUCCUACCACUACUGCUCGUGCACAAGCAGCGCCCACUUCACUGGUGCAGCUUGAGGAAAAGUCUGCCGGGAACGAAAACCUCGAAGGUCUGUCCGAAGUUUUUAAAGUCUCUGAGCAUGGUAGCCGAGGUGUUUCAGAGGUGGAGGAUUCGGAAGGCGGAGAGACAAACGCUGCAUUGGCAGCUGCGCAGCAAGCCACGGUGACAGUUAAGAUACUGCUGAUGCCGGAUGAGCAGGUCAUGACAAUGGCUUUUACAACUGGACUUUCUGUUCUAAGUCUAAAGGAGCAUUUUGCCACUGAACUGAAGAUACCUUCCAGUGUGAUACAAAUCAUGUCCAGUGGAAGUAUAGUUCAAGAUUCAGAAACUCUAAUGGACCUUGGGGUAAGACCCCUUGGUACCAUUGAGCUCCAAAUGUCCUCUACUGAUCCGGAAAACUUCCCAAUUAAACCGCUUAAAAAUCAGCAGGAAGACAGUAUGCCUGAUGUAAUAACCGUCCGUGUUCAAAUGUCUACUGAUACUUAUCAGGAUGUAGUUGUUGAAAUUGAAAGGUUCACACAUCGCAAACCAUUUUUGGGUGGAUAUCGCCAUAAAAUUACAGGAGUUGAAUUUCAUCAUGCUGCAGUGCAGACAGUCCCAAAAAGAAGGCCUGACAAUGGCAUUGAAAAAUUUUGCAGAGAUACUCAGACUGUUAAGGAGAAGACUCAGUAUCAACAGACAAACAACACAACAUCUACACAGAUGACCAAGAUUGGAUGCUAUGUGUCAAACAUGACAGACAAAUUUGUAUCACCAGGAAAAUAUGUAACCUCUGAAGAAUACAAUACGAAAAGAACAAAUGCAGCAAUUGUCAUACAAACAUAUACUCGGCGAUGGUUGGCUACCAGAUAUGUAGAGGAGCUAAGACGACAGAAAACGUUGUGGCUGGAGUGGGAAGAGCAGGAAGCUGUGAGAAAAAAGCUUGAAAAAGAAAACCGUCUAAAAAGUGAAUAUGAGAGGAGGGUCAAUGCAAAAACAAAAGAAGAUUUUGCACUUCUCUACACUGCAUUGGAGAAAUGGAGAAAAGAAGAAACAGACCGUAUCAAUGCAACUCUUACUGGUGCAGAAAGGAAGGCUGCAUUGUGUGCUCUGCUGGACCAAGAGGCACAGCUUAUUGCAUCAAUUGGACGACACAAGUUGAAUGCAGAUGAGGAAAAUAAUAAGAAGUCAGUGCAAGCAUUUUUGGACAAGUGUGCAGAAUCAAAGAAAUGGAAGUCAUUUGAUGGUAAAAUGGUUGAAAUGGACACACAGUACACAAUCAGAGCAAGAGAGCUAAGAGAUAUUUACACAAGUGUAAAUAUGAAAUAUCUAACCCAGGAUGAAAGAUUGGAUGUACUGCUAACUUUGAAACAUACAGUAAAGGAGCAUGACUGUAAACUGACUCAAGAAAUUGUGGAGUUGAUUGACAGAGAGGCAGACUUGUUAAUGCGAGGAAUAAAGGAGUCCAGCCUUGAGGGGCUUAGGAAAAGAAUUUCAACUUUGUUUCUUCAAUAUAUCAAGACACCAACAUUCAAUCCAGAAGUCACUCGAUUACUCAAGGUUCCUCAGGAUCCUACAAAAUUGCGUAAAAAUAUUUACUUUUGCCUUGGAUGUAGAAACUAUUUGCCCUCCACUGAAUUCUCAAUGACAACAAAGUCACAUACAAUUGGUCGUUGCCGACAUUGCAAUAAGCUGGACAAUGAAGCCCGGCGGAGGGAAGACUUUUCAAAAUACAAAAAUAUGCUGAAAUAUCUUAGAAAAGCAGAGACUGAAUAUUCCAGAAAAGGAAAGAUAGCCUUCUUGGUUCAGGAAGAAGACUUGCAAUACCUUAUUGAGACUAUCUGGGGUGCCCAGUCUGCACUGAGUGCUGCAGACGACCUUGCUGACCUGGUGAUGGUACGCUGGGACAGAUAUUUUGAAUGGUCUCCAUGGAAUUGUGUUCUUUUAACCAAGGAGGAGGCAGCUGCACACUUAACGAUUGAUAAUGUUGAUGAGGCUUAUGGUGUAGUGUUCAUACGUAAGAUCAAGCAGAGGCACAUUUUGGCAAAGAAAUACUUUUCCAGGAUUACAUCAAUGACACAGAAUUUAACAGAUUUAGAUUCCAAGGAUUCCUCUUCUGCAAAAGAUGCAAAUGUAGCAACCAUUUUGAAUGCUGUACCAGGAGCCAGUGCUGUUUCAUAAUAACAAAUGUAAAGUGUUACAUUUGCUUUGUAUUUUGUUUUAAAAAAGUAUAUUUGAGUCUUUUUACUUGCAGAAUCAUCUAUUACAGGUAUCUGAUUCUCUAUCUCUAAUUGUGCCUUUUUAUUAAAGUAUACAACUUCUCAGAAUU